CGAAGCUGAUGUUGCCCUGAUGCGGUGCUCAACAGCUCGGGAUGUAUAAGGCUGCACUGCGUUAAACCACACGGACCGCUGCUUCUGCGCAAAACGCCUCAUUUUUUGGGAAGAGAAAUAAAAACAUGGACUAAAUUCCAUCCACCAUGGCUUUAUUACAGUUCCUGGUUGCGUUCGGACUACUUUUCGUCUCCUUAGUUGCAGUUGCAGGGUUUGGUGUGGAUCCUGCGCUGCGCAUCAGUGUGUUCCAAGAUUUCAGCCCUGGAGAGCAGUAUGAGGGAGUUUCACAGGUGCAGGGCUUCAGUGAUGAGUCCAGAGCCUUCCUGUUUCAAGGCUACUCCAGGAAUGUGAAGGUACCCGAAGAGACGACUCAGACUAUGCUGCAGAAGCUGAGAGGCAGAACUGAGUUUACCAUGGCUGUGACUCUGAAACAGAAGCUGCUCAACUCUGGAGCCAUCUUCUCAAUCCACCAUGCAGAACAGAGGUUUUUAGAGCUGGAGAGCAGCGGGCAGAAGAGCGAGGUGCGUCUCCAUUUCCUGGCCAAAGGACGACAGAUACACACCGAGAUCUUCCCCUACUUGCUCGCAGACAACCAGUGGCACAAAGUUUCAGUGGCCAUCAGCGCAUCCCACGUCACUCUUUAUGUGGACUGCAACAGAAUCUAUGAGCGGGUGGUGGCUGUGCCUCUCAUGGACAUCCCAGAAGAUGCAUCGUUCUGGAUCGGACAAAGGAACAGUGCACACGGCCUAUUCAAGGGAGUAAUGCAAGAUGUUCAUAUAAUCGUGAUGCCUCAAGGUUAUAUCACGCAGUGCCCAGAUCUUAAUCGCACUUGUCCUACUUGCAAUGACUUUCAUGGGCUUGUACAGAAGAUAAUGGAACUCCAAGAUCUCUUGGCCAAAACAUCCAGUAAGCUGUCACUAGCAGAAGAGAGGAUGAACAGUCUGGAUAACUGCUUUUGUGAGCGGACGUGCAGCGUGAAAGGGGAGACCUAUAGGGAGGAGCAGGUCUGGACAGAUGGCUGCAAGAACUGCACAUGCUUGAAUGGUACAGUCCAGUGUGAAGCCAUCGUUUGUCCCCCUCUGGAGUGUCCUGAUGGUUCCAUUGCUGCCUAUGUGGCAGGAGAGUGUUGCAAAAAAUGUCAGCCUAUGUGCAUAUUUUUCGGGCAGGAGUUGUCAGAAGGGGACAGAAAAGCUGUGCAUCAUACCAGUGGAUUGUGCCAACUCUAUGAAUGCAAGGACCGCACGAUGCACAAAGUCCAGAACAGCGAGUGCCCCGAACUCAACUGUCCAGAAACACAGCAGGUCACUCUUACUGACAGAUGCUGCAGAGUGUGUAGAGGCCAUGAUUUCUGUGCGGAGAGCAACGCCUGCAUGGAGCACUCAGACUGCCUGAAUCUGGACGCAGGAUCGAGCUGCAGCUGCAAAGAGGGUUUCCGCCCGCUCCGCUCAGACAAUGCAUACUGUGAAGAUAUUGAUGAGUGUGCGGAGGGUAAACAUUACUGCAGGGAGAACACUAUGUGUGUGAACACCCCUGGAUCGUUUAUGUGCAUUUGCCACACAGGGUACAUCCGCAUUGAUGACUAUUCGUGUACCGAGCAUGAUGAGUGUGUGUCGGGGAAGCACAGCUGUGAUGAGAAUGCGUUGUGCUUUAACACUGUAGGGGGGCACAGCUGCUCCUGUAAACCCAGCUACACUGGCAAUGGCACCAUAUGCAAAGCCUUGUGUGAUGGUCUAUGUCUGAACGGUGGCACCUGCAUCUCUCCCAACACUUGCGUGUGCAUGCAGGGCUUCACUGGGCACAAGUGUGAGAAAGAUAUUGACGAGUGCACUGAGGGGUUUGUCCGGUGUGACAGCCGUGCUACCUGUGUGAACUUACCUGGAUGGUACCACUGCGAGUGUCGUGAUGGAUACCAUGACAACGGCAUGUUUACUGCCAAUGGAGGGUCAUGUGAAGAUAUAGAUGAGUGUAAAGCAGGGAGGAAUACCUGUGCCAAUGACACUGUCUGUUUUAAUCUGGAUGGUGGAUAUGACUGCAGGUGUCCCCAUGGACACAACUGCACUGGUGACUGCAUCCAUGACAGUAAAGUGAAACACAACGGGCAGAUUUGGGUCCUGGACAACGACAGGUGCUCUGUCUGCUCAUGCCAAAUGGGGCAGGUGAUGUGCAGGCGUAUGGUGUGUGAUUGUGAGAAUCCCACUGUGGAUCUGUUCUGCUGUCCGGAGUGUGACCCCCGCCUCAGCUCUCAGUGUCUACACCAGAACGGCUUUGUUACCUACAGCAGUGGAGACACCUGGACAGAAAACUGCCAGCAGUGCCAGUGCCUGCAGGGAGAGGUGGACUGCUGGCCGUUGUUGUGCCCUCCGGCGCAUUGCGACUUCACCAUUGUGCCCGAGGGCGAAUGCUGCCCACGCUGUGUCACGGACCCGUGCCUGGCUCAGAGCGUCCGCAAUGACGUCACCAAGACUUGCGAGGAUGAACACGGCAUCAUGCGCUUCAGCGGGUCCUCCUGGGUCAAACACGGCACCGAGUGCACACUCUGCCAGUGCAAGAAUGGACACAUCUGUUGCUCAGUGGAUCCUUUGUGCCUUUAGCUGCAGUCCAUCGUGCUAAAGGUGUUUGUACAGUUGUUCUCCAUUUAAAAGAACCCCACUGUUUUCACCCUGUCCCAAAUCGACAUCUUUAUACCAAAUGCAAGCUAUGUAUUAUACCAAACUGAUGACAGAGAAUGUCGUGUUCAUAUCUGCUACAGAAAGAAACCAGAUUUUUUUUUCACACUGAGGUGAAAGCUCACUGCUCUGUACAGAAUUCUGUAUACACAGGCAUGACCACACUGGAUGUUAAAAAUCAUAUCCUUUCAUUUAGAACUGUUUAUGAAACCAGUAAACGAAUUAGGGAUCUUAGAUAGUAUGUAAACGUUAUUGUAUUUCUCUUUCCUCACAUUAUGGAAGUUGUCUAUAUUUUGUGAUUCCAUAACACUUUUUUUGUAUGUUCAUUCCCUUCUUGUUUAUUUCACAAUUUGAAAAGAUUAUCCCGCUUGCUCUUGUCAUAAUGGUGAAAUAAAGUAUUUCCAUUUCCAUUUCCAGAUGUGUUGUACUUAUUACUUUUUAACCAUCUAGAUUGGUCAUACAAGUAUGGAGAUAUUAUUUUGUGGCAACAGUAUUUUUUUUAAAAAGAAGGGACCUGCGAGCACAAUAUUAUGUAUUAUAAUAUAAAUGUUGCAAAGACAAAUAAUGUGAAUCAAGCUUAAUAAAAUAAAAUCUAUUUGUUCUGUUUACUACUCUUUUUUUUGUUGUAAUUUUAUGGGAUGGAAUUUUGCUGAUGCAUUUUUCCUUCUGUUUUCAGGCUAAUUAUUCUUGGUGUUGAUUUAAAUGUAGAUUGGUCAACUGGAACACCGAGUGAAAGGUCCUCUAACCAUGUAAGCAUCACCAACUAAAUGAACUGUGGCAUUUUACCCAAGAUUUGGACCAAGCUGUGCACAUGAAAUGCAUGGUACCAAAUAAAUAUAUGAUUACAGCAUGAACUAUCGGGGGGAAAAAGUUCAUUUGCACUCACACAUUCACCAAAUGUUCAUUUUACCUACCUCAUCAACAAACAUACCAUGUUGGAUGAGUAGCCACGGUCGAUCGAGUAGAUUUAGCUAGGGGUCGGAGGACUUUUCACUUCAAAUUCUAGACAACAAAAAUCUGAAAACAAACUUUUUCUUUUUACAUAUAAAUGUGCAGGUGUAAUCUGCUUUCAGUUUGAAGGAUUUUAUUUCAUUUUUCCAUAUUUUACAUCCAGACAUUUUAUCUUGUUGUGUAUUUGAAUAUUGUAUGAGCAUUCAGCAGUUUUUAGGCAGAGCAGGGAAAAUAGGAGCAUGUCCUAAAUGUAAAUGCUGCACCUUGUGCUCACAUCAUACAGAACACACAAGGUCAUUCCACACUUGGACUGCAGUUGUUGUUAGUUUUUUUUUUUGUUAGUUUUUUUUUUUUUUUUUUUACUUUUUUUUUAUCUCUCUUGGUCUUCUCACUACAUGUCCAGCAUGCUGAGAUGUGCUUUAGGGAGCAUUAAGUUUGCACAAUACUAAAUCAGAAACCUCAUUUUUAAUUCAACUGAUAGACUACACUCACUGAAUCCAAUGGUGAUUUCUCCAGCCAGAGAACUUGGACAACAGUAAAUCUCCCACACCAAUGAGAUACAUUUAUCUCACAAUCUUAAUGAAUACCUUAGUCUUAGUUUUCAGUCACCUAUAGGUCAAUGGUUCUGUUCUUCAUCCUUUCAGUAGGUUCAGGUCUGAGUGGUAAUAAGCUCCCUGGCUGCACCUUUUCCCUCCAGAGCAGAAUCUGCUGAUGGAGCUGAUCCGGAAGAUUAUACGCUCAGCACCCAGGAUACAGUCCAAAAGCCCCAGCUCUCUCUCUCUCUCUCUCUCUCUCUGCACCUGCAUUUGAUCAGAAAUUCAUUUAUGGACUUAUCGACUUGCAGAUCUGUUCC